UACUACUUUGUUUCUCUGAUUUUCAUCAUCAUCCAACAAAACAUAUAUGAUUAUAUCCUUCUUGCUUCCGUCUCAUGUCUCUGCAAUCCUCCUCCUCCUCCUACUCUGCCCAUCCAUUUUCCUCUUCUUUCAUCCGAUAUGAAUGGAAAUACGAUGUGUUUAUUAGUUUCAGAGGCCGAGAUACUCGCUAUGAUUUCACUGGCAACCUCUACAAGGCUCUUUGUGACAAAGGAAUUCUCACCUUCUUUGAUGAUGGCGAGCUUCAAAGCGGAGAGGAAAUCACACCUGCACUUCUCAAGGCAAUUGAAGAGUCCAGGAUUGCCAUCGUUGUACUCUCUCCUAACUAUGCUUCUUCUUCUUUUUGCUUAGACGAACUGGUCCAUGUCCUUCACUGCAUCAAGGGAAACAAUCGGUUUGUUUUGCCAGUUUUCUUUAAGGUGGAUCCUUCUGAUGUGCGCCAUCUAAAAAACAGUUUUGGAGAAGCAAUGGAUAAGCAUGAGAAGAGAUACAAGGAUGACAUGAAUAAGAAGGUGGACAAAUGGAAAAAGGCUCUGCCUCAAGUGGCUAAUUUAUCAGGCUAUCAUUUCAAAGAUGGGCAUGGAUAUGAGCAUCAGUUUAUUAAAAAGAUCGUGCAAGACAUUUCAAGAAAGAUUGGGCGUCUACCUUUGCCAGUGGCUGACUUCCCUGUUGGACUCGAGUCUCCAGUGUCAGAAGUGAUUUCACUUUUGGAAAUGGAUUCUACUGAUCGAGUUCACAUGGUAGGGAUACAUGGAAUUGGUGGCAUAGGAAAAACAACACUUGCUCUUGCUCUUUAUAACUUUAUUGCUGACAAUUUUAAAGGUGUGUGUUUUCUUGAAAACGUGAGAGAAAAUUCACAAAAAUAUGGGUUGGUGCAUCUUCAAAACAAUCUUCUUUGUAAGAUAUUAGGAAAGGAGGGAGUCCAGAUAAUAGGUGUUAAGGAAGGAAUUUCACAGAUACAACGUAGACUCAGUCAAACAAAAGUUCUUUUGGUUCUGGAUGAUGUUGAUGAGCAUGAACAGUUGACAGCUAUUGCGGGAAAACCUGAUUGGUUUCAUCCUGGAAGCAGAAUCAUUAUUACAACACGGGACAAACAUUUGCUGACGCUUCAUGACAUUGAAAGAACAUAUGAGGUACAAGGUUUGAAUGAGGAAGAGUCCUUAGAUUUGCUUCAAUGGAAGGCUUUUAAAACAGAUAUUAUCAACCCAAGGUAUAAGAAUGUUUUAACCCGUGCAGUAACUUAUGCUUCUGGACUUCCAUUGGCUUUGGAAGUUAUAGGUUCUAACUUGUUUGGAAAAGAUUUAGAACAAUGGGAAUCUGCAAUGGAUCAAUAUGAAGAAGUUCUUGAUAAUAAAAUACGUAAGAUACUUCAGGUUAGUUUUGAUGCUUUGGGAGAAGAUGUGCAGAGUGUUUUUCUUGAUAUUGCUUGUUGUUUUAAAGGAUAUAAAUCAGUGGAAGUUACAGCUAUACUUCAAGCUCAAUAUGGGAGGAGUAUGAAAUAUCAUAUUGGAAUGUUGGUUGAAAAAUCUCUCAUAAAGAUUGAUCAUCUAUUCAGAAUAACAUUACAUGAUCUAAUAGAGGACAUGGGCAAAGAUAUAUGUCGAGAAAAAUCGUCAAAAGUGCCUGGAAAACAUAGUAGAUUAUGGUUCUACAAGGAUAUAGUUAAAGUUUUAGAAGAUAAUCAAGGAACUAGUGCCAUUGAAAUCAUACAUUUGGAAUUUCCUUUAUUUAGAAAGGAAGGAGGUGAAGAUCCGUCAAAAAAAGAGAAAAAUGAUGAUGUAGAAGUAAAAUGGGAUGGAACAGCUUUUAAAGAGAUGAAAAAUCUCAAAACACUUAUCAUAAAAAAUGGUCGUUUUUCCAGAGGGCCCAAAUACCUUCCAAAUAGUUUAAGAGUAUUGGAAUGGAGGAGAUAUCCAUCGAGAUAUUUUCCCUCUAAUUUUGAUCCAGAAAAGCUUUCCAUACUCAAGUUGCCUGAUUAUCUCUACAUGUCACCCAAGUUGGAUAGCAUAUCCAAGAUGUUGAUCACCUUGAAAGUUUUGAGUUUUGAUUACAGUGAUUCUUUGAAAGAGAUACCUGAUGUGUCUAAUAUUCAAACUUUAGAAGAAUUUUCUUUUGAAGGAUGUAGUAAUUUAGUCUCAGUUCACAGUUCAGUUGGUUUUUUACCUAAACUUAGAAUAUUGAAUGCUGAAAAGUGUCCCAAGCUCAGAAGUUUUCCACCUGUUAUUAAUUUGCCCUCACUGGAAAUGCUCGGUCUAUCUGGAUGCUCAAGCCUUGAGAAAUUUCCAGAAAUUCCAGAAGAGAUGAAAAAUCUAGAAGAGCUUGAUUUGAUUGGCACUGGGAUACAAGAUUUGCCAUGUUCAUUUUGUAACCUUUCUAGAUUGUGGCAUUUGUAUUUGGAGGAGAAUAAAAUGCAUAAAAUACCAAGUGUCAUUUGCAUGAUGCCAAGCCUGGAUUUUUGUAAUAUUAACUUAGGAGGAAACAAGGGGAGGGUAUCGGGAGAGCAGGAAGAGGGGCUUCACGGAAUAUUCACUCACUCUCUCCCCUCUUCAGAUAUGGAACACCUUUCUCUCAAGAACAGCAAUUUGUCAGAUGAGUUUUUUCCACUAGCUGUUGCAUGGUUUCCCAAUGUGGAAUUUUUAGACCUAACAGGCAAUAAUUUCACGGUCUUUCCUGAAUGCAUCCAACAAUUUCGCUUUCUAAAGAUACUCAAGGUGGAUGAUUGCGAGCAUCUUCGGGAGAUUAGAGGGAUUCCACCGUGCUUGACAGACUUCUCAGCAGUAAACUGUAAAUCAUUGAGUCCGAGGGGCACAAGCGUGUUACUCAACCAGCAAGUGCACGAGGGUAGAAGCACCCACUUUGUGAUGCCAGGUGGAAGCAUUCCAAGGGGGUUUGAGUGGCGCAGCAGUGGAGCUUCUAUUUCUUUCUGGUUUCGUGGCACCAUAUUCCCUUACAAAUCUCUUUGCGUUGCAAUUCUACUCAAACAUGACAUCCUUUCCCCACCACUUCAAGUAAAACCCACUGUGACCAUCAAUGGCAACCAAGUUCAAUUUGGACGGUAUGGCCUUAUGGGUCAAUUAUUUAUUUUUAAUCUGAAGAGAGAUGAUUAUUAUUAUGAAGCACCACAUUUUAAAAGAGGAUGGAAUCAUGUGAAGCUUUCAUAUGAAGCAUAUUAUAAGGGUUUUGAGGGAAAGGUGCCGAGUGAGUCAAUUGGAAAAGAGAUUGGAAUGCACGUAUGGAAGGAAGAGAGUAGUAGUAUAAUGGAAGAUAUUCGAUUCACUGAUCCAUACAAAAUGACACAACUAAUUAUAAUGAUGAUCAUGCUCUCAAUAGCAUUCCCCAACCAUAAGAACCACCCCUUGCUCCUCCAAACAUGCAUUGGUUAUUGGACCUUGCUCUUUCUAACUAUGUAUGAUUUGGAUAAUGACAGUGAAUUAGGGUCGGAAGGAUCAAAUAUCAGCGACGGUUCAAUGGCAUCCACAGAGCUAGCGGGUGCAGAACUUGGGUGUGCCCAAAUGUAAUUGCAUUUAUCACUGUUUUUCUGUUAUUCAUUAUAGAUUUUAGUUAUCUCCCUCUCCCCAUUUUACUUUUAUCAAUAAUAUUUUUGUACAUAAAAGGAGCCGUGGGAGUAUGGGACUAGAGUGAUUCAUUGAACUUGUUCAUGUUCUUGAAGAUAACAUAAAUUGUAGACAAUCUUGUUUAUUUCAUUUGUGACAAAAGAAAAAAGAAUAUUGUAUCA